AUGAUUGACGAUACUAGACAGAUACUUUCUAUACAAUCCCAUGUAGUCCAUGGGUAUGUUGGUAACAAAGCUGCAACAUUUCCAUUACAAUAUCGAGGCUGGAACGUCGAUUCUUUGAAUACAGUCCAGUUUUCGAAUCAUCCAGGGUAUGGAUCAUUUACAGGAUUUAGAGACGAUAAGGAAAACCUUUACAAAAUCAUCGAUUCAGGGCUAAUAAACGGUCUAAAUAUUAAGUAUAACGCUAUAAUAACGGGGUAUUUACCAUCUGUGGAUUCAUUGCAAAGUAUAUCAAGAUUGGUCAACGAUUUAUGUAUCAAAGAACAAAUUCCAUGGAUCCUAGAUCCUGUCCUAGGAGAUAAUGGUAAGUUAUAUGUGGAUAUGGAAUGUGUUACUAUAUACAAAGAUAUUCUAUCUACCUGUCAAGUGUAUCUUACUGUUCCCAAUCAAUUUGAAAUGGAGACCCUAACGGGGAUGAAAAUUAAAGAUAUGGAUACAUUGAAACGAAGUUUUCAAAACUUUCAUCGUUCAUAUCCGGGUGUGAAACGAGUAAUUGUUAGUAGUAUAGAUUUCUCAAUGGACCAUAGUCAAAGUACCGAUUGUGAUACCUAUACAGUAGCAUUUGCUGAAUCUCCAAAUUUCGAUCAAUUCCAAUAUUUUACUGUAGAAAAGAUUCAGGCACAUUUCAACGGUAGUGGCGAUUUAUUCUCAGCAUUAUUGGUAGAUAUGUUAUUCCCCGUUGUGGAACAAAGCGUGACAUCCACUUUGGCUUCUGCUGUUGGUAAAGCAUUAAAUUUGACACAUCAAAUAUUAAAUAAAACAUAUAGACUCACCGUCAAAUCAGUCGAAACGCAUCCUCCUUCUGAAACUGAAACUGUCCCACACAUCAAGGAUUUGAAGUUGAUUCAAUGCGCAGAGUUAUUGAGAAUACGUACAGAAGACAUAGAUAUACGGUAUCCGUUGUCCCAAGUCAAAUAG